GGGUUAUUUAAAUCAUAAAAUAAGCUCCGUGUUAGGUAAUUUAGCUGCUAGUAAGCGAGGCUACACUCAUUACAGCCUGCUUGAGUCCUUGAAGGCAGCACGGCUGUGUGGAAACAGGACAGCAGAUGUCACUGCAUGACAGGUACGGGGGAACGGGACGGAAGGUGUCUCGGUAUGUCAGGCAGCCUACACGGAAGUGUGAUGAUUCCAUCGCGUGUCGCUGCGCGUAAAUGACAGGAGGCUGAUCACAGCUGUGCCCCUCAACAUGGCACCCAAAGACCCUCUGCUGGGCACUCUCAAAGUGUGUGUCCUGAACCUGCAGUCAGAUGGAGAGAUGGUGACAGACACCAACCCUCACCUCGCUUCUUGCUGUGAGCUUCUUGAGCUGGUUCUCAGGAAGGGUCUCCAACAGCCAGUUAUCAGUCUGGUCCACAGAGACUACUGGCAGUGUUUUGAACAGCUCACCCAUCAAGAUCCCUGUGGCAGGCUGUCUGCUCUGUCCUUGGCGGUGGAACAGACCAGAGUUUGCAGGAAGCUGCUCUCAGCUCAGGGCCGAGGCCGCUACCUGCUAAGACUGGCACUCAGCCGCAAGGCUCUGCCACAGUUCAUCACACACCUGCUGCACACACCCAGAGUGCUAGAGUGGUACAGUCCGACAACGUCAAUCCUCAGGAAUGAGGAAUUUGUGGAGCCUUUCAUGUCGCUGCUGCUGGUCCUCUCUCACAUGGAGUUUAAACUCAACAUGGAGAAUUGCAGUUUUCUGGAUGAGAGCUGGCUCCUACCGGUAUGCGAGACAUAUGAGGUGGUGCCCUGUCGGGAGGUGGGGAUGGCUUUGAGGUAUCUCAGUGGGCGCGUCUUCGUCCUCAACCUGAAGCCUGGCAGUCAGGCUUACGUCGACAAGUUCAUCUGUCCCGGUGAUAUUAUUGAUGAGAUCAACGGGACGUCUCUGAGGAAUUCCAAGAAUGGACAGGCCCGUGUGGUUCUGUCUCGGCUAAGGGGGUGCCCCCUGUCCAUCAGCGUCCUGCGAUGGAGGGCUCAGGAUGGAACAGUGUAUCGACCACUUAUCAAACUUCUCAGGGCCCUGAGGGUGGAGAACCCCACCCUGCAGCUCGGUCCAGCUCCCUCCCAGCAGACCGCAACCAAGGACCAGACCAGCUCUCAGUCACAGUGUCUCAAGGAGGGAAGGAUUGUGUAUAUAGUGCAGUUCUUGGGAAAAACAAACAUUGGAAUGCUUGGGGACAAGGAGGUGCUGCAGCAGGCCAUCCCACAAGUAUUGCAGAAAAACCUGCCAAGCAAGGAGGUGCUUUUAGAUAUGAAGGAAACACAUUUGACGUGCACAGACAGGAGCAGUAAACUGGAGCUGUUUGAGCAUCACUAUCCAGAGAUUUCAUGUGUCGGGAGAUACGGGCAACCAGACUACACCAUAUUUGCAUUCUGUGUGGCAGACUCCCCAGAAACCCCUCACUCGACUGGCUUCUGCUGUGUGGCGCUCAGAGCCAGCACCAUCAAGGAGUGUGAGGAGAUAGUCUGUCGCAUUGCUACCGGUUUCAAGCAUACCGAGUGGUUUGUAUGACAGUUAUGGCCACAAUAUUUCAUGUGUUUGUAAAUAAAUGUAAAGUGUCUAAUCGUACACUGCAUUACUGUCUACAUUUCAAUCAACUACAGAACACACAAGGCUUUCUACUCAUAAAGACCUUUAAUAGAAAGACAUGUGACAACAUUUUCAUAAAUAGUAUUAAAUGUAGCUGCCGAGAUUUUAUGUUGAAAAACAUGUAAAAAGCAGUCCAGAGAUACGGGAGGAUCAGUCGUGCUCGCUGCCACCGAGCGCAGGGGCUCUGCUUUAACAGACAACACCCUGAUGCUGCAGUGAGACCUGUUGA